CCGAACCCCCCUCUUGUCCUCUCACAUGAUUCCCAUGACGGUGCAGCAGCACCUUGCUGUCAUGCUUCCUCAUCAUCUCAUCUCUUUCGGGGUUGGCCGGCUGUAAUUACGAUGAAGCGGGGGAACACGGACAGUGUAUACGAAGACAUGCAAGCUGAAAUGACGACGAGACAGACAAAGAGGAGGGAGAAGGCGGACCAAAACCAACAAUGCCCUGUUGGUGCAGUAGGUGGAAGUGCAGACCGCCUCCGGUAUGCAGCCGACUAUGCGGCCCCACGCUCAACAGCGACGAUGUCAAACUGGCGGAGAAGGGGAUUCACCGCCCUUUAUCAAGACAGAGGCUGGCAGGCGCUUCACUGGAUUGGGUCGGCUGAUGGAUGGUUCUAUGUAAGCAGCGUAUCGGCCGGGGGGUUGCUGGAUCGGUCGCAACGUCACAGUGACAAGCGGUGCUUAGGCCAGCCCUAUGGCCACGGGCUUACGGCCGAUCUGAUCAGGGCAGUAAACGACGUGUGA